UAGCACACAUAUAUUUGUACAAAUUAAUAACUUAUCCAAAAUGAGCUCGAGCCAUCUCCAAGUUCACAAAGCUGCAUUAAGCAAUGAUUGGGAUUCCGUAAGCCAAAUCUUCGAAAAAGAUCCCGAGCUUAUGACUAAACCAAUCAACUACAUAGGGGAAACGCCCUUAAUGAUUGCCGUGGGAACAAAUGCCUCCCACGACUUCGUCAGACAACUGGUGUCUCGUGUAGUCGACAUCGGUGGUGCUAUUGAUCAGCUUUUCGUGGCAGACUCGAACGGAGACAACCCACUCCAUCGGGCUGCUAAGAUUGGUAAUACAAUCGACGCAAAGGUUUUGGUGGAACAGAACCCGGACAUGACUCAAGUUACGGAUAGAAAUGGUCAUACACCAUUGACUUUGGCGGCUUGGCAUCGCAACAAGGACACCCUUAGAUACCUGCUAAAAGUGGCUACGGAAUCUAUCCCGGGGGCUGGAGAGGCAGGAAGUAGUGUAUACACUGGAGCUGCUGGUGGCGAUCUCAUUACUCUCACAAUUCAAGCCGGUUUCCUGGACAUGGCCUUAGAAAUAAUUGGGAGACACCCGGACAUCAUCGUAGAAGAGAACUGGGCUUCUAAAACGGCUUUGGAAAUAUUAGGUAGCAAACCCGAGUUUUAUCGUAGCGGAAGUUCGCUUGGAUUAUGGAAUCAUGUCAUUUAUUCCCUUAUACCUUUGAACAAGAGGAGUCUUGAAGAUGCUCAAGUCAACAUUUUCACAGAAGUCUACAACAAGUUUACUAUGGGAUUUUGGAAAGUUUGUCGAUACCUAGCUCCGCCAAUUAAGAAUAUCUAUGAUGCCAAAGUAAUCCAUUUCCAGAGCAUGCUACUCACAAAACGUAUAUGCGCAACUAUUCUAGAAAAGGCCGAUCAUGACACAGUUUGGAAGAUAUUAGGAUCUGCAACAUCGGCAGCCGUAGAAUAUGGGGUUCCUGAGGUCCUCAACAAAUGCAUUUUAACUUACCCAGAUAUAAUUUGGUACACUGACAAACCAGGGCGUCACUUGCCUCUUGAAGCCAUCACACAACGCCAAGAACAAGUGUACAAUGUUUUAUGGCAAUCAGCUGCACACAAAAUAUUCCAAGCAACCAUGAUCGAUGAAGAACAAAAUGAGAACGCAUUACACAAGGCUGCAAAGUUGGCCCCUCCUCAUCGACUUAAUGUUGUAACCGGGGCAGCUCUUCAAAUGCAACGUGAGCUCCAAUGGUUCAAGGAAGUCGAGAAUUAUAUAGAACCCUCGUUUAAAGAAGCUAGGAACAAAAGCGGGAAAACGCCUAAAGAGACGUUCAUUGAAGAGCACAAAGACUUACUUGAUGACGCAGAACAAUGGAUGAAAGAUGUUGCGACAUCAUGUACAGUGGUAGCAGCACUCAUAAUCACAAUGGCAUUUGCCGGCGCCUUCACACUUCCAGGUGGAAACGAAGAUGAUGGGAAACCUUUGUUCUUAAACAAAGGAGCAUUCAUGCUUUUUAUUGUAUCAGAUGCCGUUGCGUUAUUCUCUUCAACUGCUUCAGUGUUGAUGUUUUUAGGGAUACUUACAGCACGUUUUGCAGCCGAUGAUUUCCUUUACAACUUACCAAAGAGAAUGACAAUUGGACUUGUAUCCAUGUUCGUAUCAUUGGCAGCCACUAUGAUAGCAUUUAGUGCGACUCUUUCACUUGUUCUUAUAGAUAAAGUGACAUGGAUCGUUGCUCCGCUUGUCGUAAUAACGUGUAUUCCUGUUGGUUUAUUUGGAUGGUUGCAGUUUCCCUUGCUAAUAGAGCUAGUCAACUCAACAUAUGGGCCGAGCAUUUUUCGUCAGCAGAAAGAUCGAUGGGUUUUUUAGAUACAAGAAAAUCAAUAUGCAUGCAUGUUUCAAGGGUAAAGCACAUAAUAAUAUUUAUGUGUAUUUUACCCAAGAUUGAUGAUUCAUUUCAAGUCAUGUAUUUGUCAUAUGUUGUAUUAUAUAUAAAGGUGAUGUUUCAUGGCUUAAGGAUUACAGUAAGGACGGAAAAAAGCCUCUUAAUACACAUUGUAUCCUAAAUCAGUACGUAAGAACAUGUCUCUAAUUUGUGUCA